UCGCUCUUCGAUCGCUCUCGAAGAACGUCUGCCUCCCGAAGAAAAACUACGCCAAAAGCGUAGGGUAGAUAUUUCACACCUGGAGCGAUUCAAUGAUCAUGAGAAUCUAGCUCGGCGCCCAACGCAUUCGAUAUUUAACGUUCUCUAAUUAUGAGAAUGUAAAUGAGAAUGUAUCAGCUGCUGCGUGCUAUCUGGCUGUAUCAUGCUGGACUUUUUGCUCGUUUAACUCGUAGGAAACGAUUAACGCUAAUGCGAAAGGCAGAUCGAGUUCCGCGCGCUACAUCGCGCGGAGAAACGCCUCGUCCAGCCUCGUAUACUUGCUCUCUGAUCUGAUUUGCAAACGGAAACGCGUCGCGCGGAAUCCGGCUUUAACGAUCAAUAAACGGGAUAUCGAGCGGGAGCAAUUUGUAGAUACACUUCCGAUUGUCGCGCUCCGCUGAUAGAUUCUCGCUCGGAAUCGUAUCGCGGAAUAAGAUAGAGAUCAUUAAAAUCUCCGUCGCGUGAGAUUUCGAACUGAUUCACACCGCGUCGUGAAUUAUUAAGAGGCGGAACGCACUUAACGAGUAAUUUACAACUUUUCCUUAUUCUUCUUCCGCAAUUCAUCAAGAAGUUUAUAAUUUAUUUUAAUGAUUUGAUAUUUUAAAGCCACACAGUGUAUCUGUAGGUUUAAAAUGGUCAAGUAUUCAUGUGAGUUUGGCUGUGGGGAAAAUUCAAUUUCCGCAGCCGCCCAAACCGUUCGGCGAGCGUUACGUCGCUGGGCCCAUUGCUUAGCAACCGGAAGUAGCAACAGAAGCCAGCAGCUAUAGCGCACCUUACAGCUGCCUCGACUGCGCGGGGUGGCAGAUGUCUCUCUCAAAUGUCGGCGUCCAAUGUCAUCGGGGAUUACGACUGGAGUGCGAACGCCCCUGCAUGGAUCUUCGUGACCGACGUCGCCGAUCGCGAGGACGCCAACGUCUUCCGGUAGAAAAAACUGACGGCUUUCUCUCUCUCUCACUUCCCCCUUCCUCUACCUAUCUCCUAUGAGUCUGUCGUAAAAGAGAAGUAGAAGAACUCUCGUCAACGGAUAAGGCUGUCGAAAACGGGACUUGGAGAUGGCGUACAAGCAGCAACCAGUCCAGGACGAACUGGAGCUGGAGACGAUGGCGGAGGCCGAGCUCUCGAGGCUGAAGAGGCAGUACAGGAUAAUGGAGAACGAUCGGGCGGCGUGCGCGGAGGACGCGAGGCUCCAGCUCCGCAAUCAGCAGAACGCGAUCGAUCGUCUCGAAUACGAGAAGGCCGAACUCGUGCUGGCGAUUAAGACCGCGCGAUCGAAGGCAUUCACGCGUAAAGAUGUGGAGAUGGACGAGAAGCUGAGGUGUCUGCUGACGAAGCGCGCCAAGUAUCUCGAGUUGAUAGAGAACGAGAAGCGGCAGAUAGCCGAGCUUAACGAGCAGAUCGGCAAGCUUUCGAAGGAUGUCACGAGCAUGAAGAUGAAAGUGCGCACCGACCUGCAAUCACGGGAGAUAGCGGCGCAGCACAGUAAGACGAUACUCAUGCUGGAGAACCGGGCGGAGGUGGCCACAAAGAGGUUCAACCUGGUGAUAGCGGAGAACGCGAAGCUGCGCGCCGAGAUCGAGACCAUGUUGAAGGCGCGGGCGCAGUUCAUGGUGAUGUGGAACAAGCUGACCGGCCAACUGAACACCGGCAAGCAGAUCAUCAACGACCUGAUCGAGCAGGCGACGGUUACGUUCAAUCAGCGGGACGAGGAGCUCAACAAGAUCCAGGCGCUUCGCGAGAGAGGGAUAAGGGACCUGAAGAACCACACGUCGGAGAUGUGCGAAUUGAAGAGGACUUUGGACAACGAGAUGAAGCUGCAGGAGUUCCUCGGCGUGAAGGGACAGUUUCGCGAGAUGGUCGAUCUGAACGCGAAAAGGAAAGCCGAGAGGCAGGCCAGACGGGAGGAGAAGCAGAACAAGAUAGCGGCCUUCACGCAAAUCUUGCAGACGAUCAAACAAUUCACCGGCGAGCAAGAAAUCGACAAGCUCACCGCGCACUUCAUUAAGCAAGAGGAGGAAAAUUUCGCGCUCUUCAAUUACGUGAACGAGCUAAAUGACGAGCUAGAGAGUCUGCAGGCGAGGAUGGAACAGCUAACGGUGGCCAUCGACGAGGCACGAGCCUUGAAUGUACAUCGCGACGAACAGCAGGCCGAGACUUUGGAAAAGAUUACCAAGGAGUUGGAGAAACAGACAGCGCUAGCAGAUGCUGCCGAAGAGAAUCUUGCUCAGUGCAACAACGUGAUGGAUAAGCUACUGCACGGGAUCGACGGCCUCUUCAAGGCGAUACAUUGCGACAACUCGCCGAUUUUAGAAUUAUUAGGCGACAACACCCAAGUUACCACAAGCAACGUCAUGCUCUAUUUAGGCAUUAUCGAGAAACAGAUUACCGAAAUGUUCCACAAGGUUUACUGGGUGGACAAGGAAAGCAAAGCUCCGCAGUUGCGGGUAGAUGAAGAAAGGAAGCCCAGACUAAAAGUGCCUGCACUCAAUCGCAUCGUACCCACCCAACCCUGUGUCCUCUGCGUGGAACAGGAGCAGAUGCAGUUCGUUACGGAGGGCCUGGAAGUGCCGCUGACACGUGCCGAAGCCAUGCAGAAGUUGCAACAAAGGCUCACGGAGGAUUACACGGAGAUGCUUCACAACGUGUCCGCCUGCCACUUACCGGCGGCUAGGAAGAUUAUGCAAAGACGUUAUCAAUAAAGUGAAUUAACGACGAAGCAUUUUCUUC